ACACCGACGCGGACGGGCGCCGAGUUGGCCGCCUUCGACCGCCGAUCGUUUGCCAAAUGGUCGGACUGUCGCGACGCUAACCAGCCGUCCGUCAAGCGACUGAUCGAGUCGAUCGAGACGGGCACAGGUCCUAAACAGAAGCCCUGUCCCUCACGUUCCCUCUCCAACACCAGUAUUAACCGACUGAUCAACUCGUCGUUACCGCUGAUGACUGAGUUUAUUAUCAAACGUAAGAACAAUUCGUCGCGUUUUAUGCUAUCCAUCAGUUGUGAUGUGAAGGACGAGAACAACAAAGUGUGUUCACCGAACCCGCCCGACCUCUCGCCCCCCAACACCCCAUCCAUUACUAACAAUAAUAAUAAUAAUAAACCCAAACAUAUGGACAAUAUAUUGAAGGAGAAGACCGAUCCGAACAAAACAAACACUAAUAACGGUGAUAUAAAUGUGGACAAGAAGUGCGCGGACCCGUUGUCGAGUCUGGUCCGCGGUGGCGGUUCCAAGAGGAACGCGCUGCUGAAGUGGUGCCAAAACAAGACAAUCGGCUACAAAGACAUCGAUAUAACGAAUUUCAGCUCGUCGUGGAACGACGGUCUGGCCUUUUGCGCCAUUCUUCACACAUACCUGUCCGACAAAAUCCCGUACGAAAGGCUCGACACCGCCGACAAGAAGCGCAACUUUACCAUUGCGUUCAAAGCCGCAGAAUCUGUUGGCAUUCCCACUACUCUGGGUAUAUUCCCUGAGUUGGGGAGGUUGUGUAGUAAUAUUCACGACUUGAUAGCACAGGAGAGGCCGGACUGGCAUUCAAUACUGGAUUACGUGACAAACAUUUAUAAACACUUCGAGACUUGAGAGAGAGUUUUCUCACAACUUUUUUAAUGUAUUUUAUUUUUUAUAUUAAUUAUUCCCUCACUUUCUUUCAUGUUUUUUCUGUUUCUCUCUCCUAUUGUAUGAAU